UCACGUGUCGGAUUGUGGCCAUACAUGCUACAUAUGUUUACAGUUCGAUUAGCUAACUAGCUAGCUAACUUAGUUGUGAAAUGGCACCUGCAAAUCCAAGAUUUAGUGCUAAAGCGUCAUUUAAAGAUAAAAAGGUGAAAAACGAUUGUGAAAAGGGCCCGUCAUUAGCUGUUACUCAAAAGAAGAAAAAAUGGAUUCCCGGGAACAAGUAUUUCGAUGGCAGUUUACAGCAAGGCCAGGGAUUUGCUUUCAAACGAAGGCAGCAAAUAAAACAGGAAUACAGAAAGCUUCUUCGAAAGGAGAAAUGGAGAAUGCAAGAUUCGAAGGCUCAACUGACAGAGGAAUACCCAGCGCAUCUGAAGCAUCUCUACUUGGCUGAGCAACAGAGGCUUGAUGAGGAAGAGCAAAUGAAAAGGAUUCACAGGAGGAAAGGACGGACUGUGGAGCCUGAAGAGGAGGAAAUAGGGACCGUGGAACCCCUGCUGCUCGUUCCAGUUCUGUGACAAGGGCUGCAACCUGUUCCUGAGGUGUCAGCUCUUAUAGGCUCAUCUAAUGAACAGGAUACACCAAGGCAAAAGAACCAGAAGAAAAUGUCUUCCUAUCAGAAGAUGAAGCAAGAGUAUGAGAAAAUCAAGGAGGAACAAGACAGAAAGAGACAGGAAUACUUGAAGGACAAAGCACAGAGAGAGGAAGCCCUGAAGAAUUACAAAGAAAAGAAAAUGGCAACAUACCAGUUGCUGAAAAAAAAGACUAAAAAAGGUCAGCCCAACCUGAACCUGCAGAUGGAGCUUUUGCUUCAGAAGAUCCAAGAUCAGCACAAAUGACAAAGCUGUACACUGAGCUGCUGUAAAGGUCCAGCCAAAGGUUUUUGCACCUGGCAGAGAAUGAGAGCCUUGAACUCUAGCGGUGCGAUCCUGGCAAUCCAAUAAAUUAUGGACUGAUGGAAUAUGUCAAUAGAAAUAGUAUGGUGAAGUGCUGUCUGUGCAAAGCUCAUAGAUUUUACAUAAACAGAUUUAUAUUGCAUUUUAACUUUUAUGUAACUUUGACUUCAAAGUAAUAAAGCUAUACUAAUA